CUGGCAAGCAAAAAACUUAAGCUGAUCAUCGAUCAACUAGCUAGUUAGGAUGAAUUCUCAGCUGCAGCAGGGACCCCACUAUGAUGAUCAAGUUUCCAAUGAUGUACUCAAACCUGCAGAGUAUCAAGUAGUACUAACCAUAAAAGCUGUGGUUACAGUCAUAGCAACAGCCGGAGGCUUCCGAUCCACUAUAGGGAUCAUUCGUCACCUCGAGGACUUGGCAGGCAAAACCUUGCUGCUGGAGCUAGUUAGUGCCAAGCUUGAUCCCAAGACGGGAAAAGAGAAGGAAGCGAUCAAGGGGCACUCGCACAGAGUGAGGAGAGACGUUGAGGAGGUGAUAUAUGAGAGUGAGUUCAGCAUCCCAGCAGGUUUUGGAGAGAUUGGAGCUGUUCUGGUUGAGAAUGAGCACCACAAGGAGAUUUACAUCCAGACCAUCGACCUCACCGGCUUCCCAAAUGCCUCCACUCUCUCCAUUCCUUGUACCUCAUGGGUUCAUUCCAAACAUUAUAAUGCACAGAAGAGAGUUUUCUUCACCAACAAGUCUUACUUGCCAUCAGACACUCCAAGUGGGUUGAAGAGGCUAAGAGAAAUGGAGCUGCAAAAUUUGCGAGGAAAUGGAGACGGCGAAAGAAAAACAUCGGACAGGAUUUACGAUUAUGAUAAAUAUAAUGAUCUCGGAGUUCCAGAUAGCAAACUGGCUAGGCCAGUCCUGGGAGGCAAAGAGCUUCCCUACCCUAGGCGCUGCAGAACAGGACGUCCACGCACUGAAAAGGACCCAUUAUCUGAAGAAAGAAGCACCAGUGUGUAUAUACCAAGAGAUGAAGCGUUUUCAGAGGAGAAACAUCUGACAUUCUCAGGAAAGACACUAAAAUCUGUGCUGCACGCUUUGCUCCCUCAGCUUGAGAUAUCACUUAUUGAUCGGGACUUGGGAUUUCCACUCUUCGAAGAAAUAGAUUCAUUGUUUAAUGAAGGCAUUGCAUUGCCUAAGCCAAAAACAAACGGUUUUUUGGGGUCAGUCAUUCCAAGGCUAGUGAAGGCUGUCAGUGAUGGGCAGAACGAUCUUUUGCUCUUUGAGACCCCUGCAAUGCUUGACCGUGAUAAAUUUUCUUGGUUCAGCGAUGAAGAAUUUUCUCGGCAAACUCUAGCUGGUCUUAAUCCAUUUAGUAUUGAGCUAGUUAAGGAAUGGCCACUGAAAAGUAAACUUGACCCUGAGAUUAACGGCACCCCUGAAUCAUUGAUUACUACUGAACUGGUGGAGAAAGAGAUCAAGGGUUUCAUGACUGUCAAUGAGGCCUUGGACAAAAAGAAGCUGUUUCUUUUGGAUUAUCAUGACCUGCUCAUUCCUUUAGUGAAUAAAGUGAGAGAAAUUGAAGGGACCACAUUGUAUGGUUCUCGGACAGUAUUCUUUCUCACUGAGAAUGGCUCACUGAGGCCUAUUGCUAUUGAACUUACUCGGCCACCAAUUGGUGACAAGCCACAAUGGAAGCAAGUCUUCGUCCCAUGCUGGGAUGCCACCGGUGCCUGGCUAUGGAGGCUUGCUAAAGCUCAUGUUUGUGCUCAUGACUCUGGCUAUCAUCAGCUUGUGAUCCACUGGCUGCGGACUCAUUGUGUGACAGAGCCAUACAUAAUUGCAGCGAAUCGGCAAAUGAGUGCCAUGCAUCCCAUUUAUAGGCUUCUUUGUCCUCAUUUUCGGUAUACAAUGGAAAUCAAUGCUCUGGCUCGAGAAAGCCUCAUUAACGCAGGCGGAGUCAUUGAGAGUAGCUUUUCACCAGGAAAGUACUCCAUGGAGCUCAGUUCUGCUGCGUAUGACCAGCUCUGGCGCUUUGACAUGGAAGCUUUGCCAGCCGAUCUGAUAAGAAGGGGAAUGGCAGUUGAGGAUCCUACAGCCAAGCAUGGUCUGAAGCUAACAAUUGAAGACUAUCCUUUUGCAAACGAUGGUCUUAUUCUUUGGGAUGCCAUUAACCAGUGGGUGAGCGACUAUGUAAAACACUACUACCCAGACGUUGGUCUUGUUAAAUGUGAUCAGGAGCUUCAGGGUUGGUGGACAGAAGUUAGAACUAAAGGCCAUGAAGACAAAAAAGAUGAGCCGUGGUGGCCUGUUUUGAAAACCCCAGAAGAUCUCAUUCAUGUUUUGACAACAAUAAUUUGGGUGACAUCUGGUCAUCAUGCAGCAGUGAACUUUGGUCAGUACACAUACGCUGGAUACUUUCCAAACCGACCUACAAUAGCUAGAACCAACAUGCCAUGUGAAGAUCCAUCCGAGGAGGUUGUCAAUACUUUUAUGACGAAACCCGGAACAAUACUGCUAAACUGCUUUCCCUCAAAGAUUCAAGCAACAACAGUGAUGGCUGUGUUAGAUGUGUUAUCGACACAUUCACCUGAAGAGGAGUAUAUUGGUGAGAUUUUGGAGCCAUCUUGGACUGAAAAUCCUGUUAUAAUGGAUGCAUUCGAGUGUUUCAAAGACAGUUUAAAAGAGCUAGAAAGAAUUAUUAAUCAGAGGAACGCCGAUAAGAACCUGAAAAACAGAGUUGGAGCAGGGGUUGUUCCAUAUGAGCUUCUGAAACCAUUCUCAAAACAAGGGGUCACAGGAAUGGGAGUCCCUAAUAGCAUCUCCAUCUAAAUUCUAUUCUAUGAUGCGUUUGAUUAUGUGAUAAUUGUAUCAGUAACUAGCCCUAGCUUAUGACUAGGAAUCAAUAACAUGUGGUGUCUGCAUUAUAAAUUACAGCUCUAAGGCGGAAUGCAUGAUUCGUAAUAAAACAAUAAUGAUGCAUGUCUUCAGCA